ACUUGGUCAACGAAACAACACCACAAAACGUAUCGACGCGAACUCGGUGACGGAAAAGAAAAAGCUUGCUCUUUUUAUUACAGCAAGGCGACAUUACCGUUUAACGUUGACUUAGUUUUUUGGGCGAUACAGACGAAGUGCAUUAGUGAAGCACAUACAGAAAAUGGUUGGCGGCGGCAGCGGUGGCGGUGAUAAUAAAGUGGUGGCCACUUUACGAGCGGAUGGAAGUGUAUAUCCUGCCAGCGGUACUUCAAUUGGACAAUUAGUUAAUUUAAUGAAUUAUAAAAUCCGUACGGAAGUGGAUGUGAGCAAUAAGGCGCUCAAUACAUUUAGUGUUCCAACAACAGUUGUAGAUCUGGGUAAACAACUAUUGCAAUACGCCAGAGACGGUGAUCUCAAGGGUGUAAAGAAUAUGUUAACCCGUGGUGCGCCUUUCACCUCAGACUGGUUGGGCAUGUCAGCGCUACACUUUGCUGCAAUGAAUAACCAAUAUGAGGUAUGUUUCGAAUUACUGAGAGGAGGUAUUAAUAAGGACUCAAAAACUAAAGUGGAUCGUACACCACUACAUAUGGCCUGCUUCUACGGCAAUGAACGUAUAGUUGAACUUUUACUCUCCAAGAAAUGUAUAGUAAAUCCGAGAGAUAUGUUGCGUAUGACACCACUACACUGGGCUGUCGAGAAGGGCCACAAGAACAUUGCGCGUUUACUACUCAAGCACAAUGCCGAUGUGACGGUGACAUCUAAAUUUGGUAAAACACCCAUUGCACUUGCCGUACUGACGGAACAAGCUGAUUUAUUAGAAGAAUUGGAAGCCGCGCGACAAUUGCAAAUAAACCGCAAAUAUAAUGAAGAACAUGAGGUGCGGACCAAGCGUUCCAAAAAAGAAACCUCAGAUGCCGUCAACUCCAUUAUGGGUUUAACAAAUUUUAAAACAGAAGAACCAACGACUUCAGCGAAGCACGCAAUGGAAGUCGAAGACGAAUUAACAAAUAAUAGUGAUUAUGCCGAUGCAAAAAUAUCGGAUUUAGCAAAUAUUAAAGAAACUGGUGUUUUGGACAAAACCACGAUUAAUAUGCUUAAAGAUCAUGGCAUUUCAAUGAUGCCGGAAGAUGAGGACACAUCAAAAGAUUUACUCGCCACUGCCUUACAAAAUGGACGACAAUUGGUAUUGUCGGAAGGUGGCAAAUUGUUAUUAAAUGAAACAAAGAAAAUACACAAUAAUAGCAACAAUAAUAAUAUUGGUGAUAAAAAUGUCGCCGUCAACAGCAGUGGCAGUACAAAUCAAACCAAUUAUACGGUGUUGCCUGUACGGAAUACAAUAGCAUCGCGUACACAAAACCUGAAAACGCGUGCGAGUAUUAUAUCCAAGGCAAAGGAUAAUCUCAACAUGUACAAGAAUGUGCGCAUUAUUUCGCUUAAUGAUUUCAAAAAAUUUUAUGGCAAUACGAAUUUGAAAGGCGUACAGAAAAUACCAGCUUCGAUGGCGAGUGAACGCUUCGCGCGUAUAAGACAAAUAAGCGAGGAAAAGCGAAUACUCAAUCCUGGUAGCCGACCAAUGAACACAAAUCAGCGAAUAUUAGCACAGCUACAGACAAAGUCUGCACAAACUAUAAUGAAAACUGAGCAACCAUCCACCAUUACAGCGGAUGAUGAUGAUAUCGACUCAAUCAUACAAUUAGCGCCCACUGAGAGUGAUGCCGAAAUGUCGGAUGCAGAGCAAACGCAGCAAUACCAAUCGCAUCAGCAACAACAGCAGGUGCAUAAACAAAUACAACAACAUCAACAAAAAGCCGUUACCAGUAAUAUGCAAGGCACAAAACAGUUAUUAAAUAUUGCCGCACCGCCAUUAAUACGUCAAAUUACCGCUAAACAAAGCAACAAUAUUGGCAAUAAACUCAAUACAGCCGAUGGUGGUAGUAACAGCAAGCAUCAAUCGGGCUCGGCCGUUAUUUCUUUAUUAUCUGUGCCGGAAAUAUGCCGCCAACUGUAUGAGUUGCGUCGACAAAAUGACGAACUGAGACGUAAAUUCGAUGCAGCACAAAAGGAGAAAGAAGAAAUGCGCCAACGUUUGGAUAGAUUAGAGGAACUGUUAUUGGUGGAGAGAACUGAUGACGGCUAUACUGAAGCCUAG